CGGGGCACGCCGCCUUCGUCUCAGUUUGUGAAUUCUCAGUCUGGUGUCAAGGCACGUCUGCUUUGGAGUCCAAUAGCGGCGAGCUUGUUAGUUGACCUAAACUAAAAUCAAUGAUGGUUAAUCCGGAAAAAUAAGUAAUUAAGAUGUGAUGCAAAAGAAGUGCUUCAGUAUUUCCUGAACCCAGCAAGAAAUAUAAACAAUGUCUUCUGUUGAAGUUAUUCCUGACUGUUAUACUCAUGUGCUGGCAGAGUUUGAUUCUUUAGACCCCCUCCUCUCUGCCCUUCGCCUGGACCAUAGCCGACUGAAGUGCACCUCUGUUGCAGUAUCUCGCAAAUGGCUUGCUUUAGGUAGCUCAGCAGGAGGCCUGCACCUCAUUCAGAAGGAAGGCUGGAAGCAGAAGUUAAUUCUCACACACAAGGAAGGUUCUGUUUCAAAAGUGGCAUGCUGUCCCCACGAUGAGGAUUUUGUUGCUGUGGCAACAAGCCAGGGCUUGGUGGUGAUUUGGGAACUGCAUGUCGAUCAUCGGGGAAAACCAGAACGAGUUUGUGUGUCUUCAGAGCACAGGGGAAGGGAAGUGACAGCACUUUGUUGGGACUCUACUCAGCAUCGUCUUUUUAUAGGGGACUCCACUGGAAAAGUAUCAGCAGCCAGAGUUGCUUCAACCAAAUUCGGCAAAGGAGCUGGGUUUGUGAUGUUUCCUGUACAGGCUAUUGCUAUGGUGGACUCACGAGUUGUUCAGCUCAGCUACUUUGAAGGAAGACUUCUGGUAUCAUCAUUAAGUCGCUGCUAUCUCUGUGACACUGACAAGGAGAAAUUUUGGAGGAUUGGAAACAAGGAGCGUGAUGGUGAAUAUGGUGCUUGCUUUUUUCCACUAGCUAAGAAUAGCACCUCUCCAUCACCACUUAUUUAUUGUGCCCGUCCUGGAUCAAGAAUGUGGGAAGUGAACAUUGAAGGAGAUGUGUUGAGCACGCAUCAAUUUAAAAAGAUGUUGGCAUCACCUCCUCUGCCAGUCAUUUCAAACAGGUCUGACCCAGUAUAUGCCAAAACAACCUGUUUUCCACAAUCCAUAGCAUUCCCAAAACUACUGCUUGUCAGUGACCAGUAUCUCUUAACAUGGACAGAAAAGGGCAUCUAUAUAUUUAUACCUCAAUGUGUGCAAGUCCUCCUGUGGAGUGAAGUAAAAGAAGUCCUGGACGUUGCAGUUUACAGAAAUGAACUUUUCUGCCUCCAUUUUGAUGGACACAUCUCUCACCUUUAUUUGCUGUCUGUGGAGCGAUGUGUGGAAAGGCUUCUUCGUAGGGAUUCCUGGGUCUUAGCUGCUGCUGUCUGUUCUUUGUUCUGUCAUGUGAUCUCCUCUGGAAAGGCUCGUAAGGUUUUGCCACUGGACCGACUAGAACAUCUGAAAAACCAACUGGAUGUUAACUGUCAUUCAGAUCUGAUUGGCCAGCUGGAGGAAUUGAUUUUAAAAAUAGAGCCCCUUGACUCUGCCUCCAGCAGUAGAAGAAGCAGCAUUUCAUCUCAUGGAAGUUUUAAUGUCCUGGACAGUGGAAUUUAUCGAGUGAUUAGUCGUCGUGGCAGUCAGUCUGAUGAAGAUGCAUGUUCGAUGGUUAGUCAGACAUUUUCUGAAGAUGAGAGGCUGAAGGAAUUUAGCUCUGCUCAUGAAGAAGACCAAGAGACCCCAUCCCUACCAAGUGAUCGUCCUGACACAGAGCGAUGUGAAUCCCUCCUUCAGUUCCAAAUUCCAUUACCAUUUCGCCCCACCCCCCCACUCAUCAACCUGCAAGCUGUUAAGGACAGUGUGUCCAGCUUCAUGAAAAAAACAACAGAGAAGAUCAACACUCUCCAAAUGCCAUCAGAUUUAUGGCUGAAAUCAGAAGGGAAAGAUGGAAACCAGCAAGCUGUUUUCUUGGUUUCUCUUAAUGCUGAAUCUGCUGAGCAAGACAAAAAGUGUUUGGAUGUUACAGAAGAAGAAGAAGAAGAUUGGUUUAAGGAACUGAGAGAAUCAACAGAUCAUGCAAAAGCACUUCUUGAGGAUCCUAUAGUCCAGUUGAAUACACAUGAUUUGAUGAGUGUUUUAAAAGCCUGGCUUCCUGUUCUGGUAAAGACAUUUGGGUCACUUAAGAAUCACAUAAACAUAAAGAACAUCAGAGACCUGGAGCAUGGAUCCGCCAUGCAAGAGGGUAUCAUAAGGAUAGAAGACGCAAAAGUUGAAAAGACCAUUGAGGUUGAUUCAGAGAGUAUUUCUUUUGACGAACAAAAUAACACCUGCACUGAGAAAAAGAAAUGGCAAGAGUCUGCAAAUCUGAUUUUAAAUAAGGAAGAUGUAAAAGAUUACAAUCAUUUGAAUGGUGAAAAUGACAGUCAGCAAGCCUAUGAUGUAACACUUGUCCCUCAAAAGGAUAUCACUGAGAAUGAAGGAGAGGCAGAAAUGUACGAAGAUCAAAUGUCCAUGAGGAGCGAACACAGUAAAACUAAUUUAGAUACACUAGACGAAAAAAAUACAAUAGAGUGUGUGCAUAAUACAGUGGACAGAAAAGAGUACACUUGGGAGCAAAUGCAAAUAUCACCUCCUCCUGAUCUUUCAUCAGAACUCCACCAAGAUCUCACAGAACUUGCUACCCUUUGUUUUGAGAUGAGUUGCUUUCAGUCUGAGGAGCAUGGUUCCCAUUGCACAAGUGAGAGAGGAGAUGAGUCAGUGAUGGCCUGCAGUUUCCUUCAGCAGUACUUUUUCUUGCUGGAUUUGGAAAGAGUGAGACGUUGCUGUCUCAUUCAUUAUCGGGACUACCCUGUUGUAUGGGAUACUUAUAUUGCUGGACUCAAAGCUUUGACCCUGUCAUGUCAAGAGACCACAUUUCUUGGAGAAAGAAACCUUUUGAAGUCUCUGAAAUGUUUAAGAGAUUCUGCACUGUGCAGCACCCCAUUUCUUCUUGCACAUUUGACCAGGCUUUAUGAAAUGCAUGGGGAACUUGCUAUUAGAUCUUUUGGACAGUUUUACCCUACUAUACUUCCUGCAGAUGUUUUGGCCAUGUCCAGGAAUCACCCGGCCCACUUUCUGGCCUACUUGGAUAACCUCAUUAAAUCAAAACCAGAAGAAGAAAGGGCACCUCUGCUAAGUUCUUUCCUUCAACCAGAAUGCCUACGACAUGAAUGGCUAGAACUAGCUCUGUCCCAUGAUGCCCCUCAGCUUGCUGACACGAUCAACCCAUUAGGUAACCCCAGGUCUCGAUCUCACCUGUUUCCCUGGGGCUAUGGGCAACUUUUGAAGCUGCUGAUUAAACUUCCUGGUAGCUUGUCUGACAAAGAAAAAAUCGCCAAAAGUUGCAAAUCACAUGGGUUUUGGACUGGUUACCUAUGGACAUGUUUGGAACUGGGAAGAAGAAAGGAUGCAUUUUCGGCUAUUGUUAGGUUGGAUGAUAUAAGUCUUUUUGAAGAACUAAAUGGUGCAUUACCAGAAACCGUAGAUGAGUGGAAAUGUAUUCUUCAGAUUGCAAAACAUAAAGCAGAAGAGCCAGAAUCUCCAAAUGGGAGUGAAAAAGUAAAUGGUGUCGUGGAUUGGUCAAGUCGUAGCAAUUUGGAGAAUGUGAUUCUUCUUUUAGCUCGGACAACAGGACCAGAACGGGCAUUUGAAAUAUUGCAGGAAUGUGGCCUAAAUAUAGAACUUUCAGAAAGGUCUGCAUUAGUGUGUGAGUUCUUGAAAGUAGCAGAAAAACGACAGAGGGCUUUGCUACAAUCAAUGCUGGAAAGAUGUGACCGUUUCCUGUGGUCACAACAGGCGUAAUUGAACAAAUGUACUUGAAGAUGACUGAUGGCCUUUUAUCUUACCCUUAACUUACAAUUUUAAACACACAGUGUGUGUAAUCUGGGGAAUGUAAAGAUCUGCGUUUCAGUCCAAAUCUACAUUCAUUUUGUGGAUUUAGCUUCUGACCAUUUCUAAGACUGUGGUGUUGAUAAAGCUAAAUCAAGAUCUGCACUUUCAAUUUGGAAACUUGACCUGUUGGUUUUCAUGUAAAUGUAUUGUUUUAUUUGAAACUGCUCAGCAGUACAAUGUCUUUCAUGGAUAUUCUUUAAUUUGACACUUUUUUAACCUGCAAAAUAGAAAGAUUUUAAAAUGGUAUUGUUAAUGACAUGUGUCCAGAGUAUUUAAUGUUCAUUAUUUUGUCAGUAUUAUUCAAGAGCCAUGUAAAUCAAAAGAAUUUGCAAUUUUUAUCUAUGCAUGAAAGGUAUGUUUGCUAAAUAUAUCUUUUAGCAAAGCAGCUAUAAAAUAAAAUUUAAAGAACCUGGGAA